UAUACAAGACCAUUUGUUCCUGUACAGUUUUUAUAACGCAACAGGAUUUAUCAUAUGAGCUUCACGAUGAAUUUGUAUGAUAAACAUACACCGAUACUUGAAAUUUACCGCAAUGGAAACAAUGUUAAAUGUGUGACUGUGUGCAAGAGUCAACCCAACUCUAUGGUGAUUUAUAAUAAUGGAUAAUCGUAUAUUGUGAAACCAUCGAAUUUCAAUCGUAUACUUAGAACUGCGAUAUGCGCUGAUAUAAUUGCGCUAAGUGACUAUUGUCACGUUGUGUGCUACUCGUGGAAAGUAACGGUAUACUUCUGGAGCUUUCACGUUGAACGCCAUCGAAUUUGUGAUUCUGGAUCCACACAGUUUUACAGGAGAGGCUCGUCGCCGCAUACGAGGACGAGUUACUGUACUUAGUUCACAUUAUGGGGUUCGAUGUGAACCGCUUUCAGGGCGAAGUUGAUGAGGAACUUGUUUGCCCGAUAUGUUCUGGAGUUCUAGAAGAUCCUGUCCAGGUGAGCAAUAUGUUGCAGGCACCUGUAUGUGAACAUGCCUUUUGUCGUACAUGCAUUAAUGAAUGGAUAAUUAGACAACCUACCUGUCCAUUGGAUCGUACACCAAUUACAUCUGCUCAGCUUAGAGCAGUACCAAGAAUUCUUCGAAAUCUAUUGGCCCGCCUUUGUAUUAGUUGUGAUAACAUUAUGUAUGGUUGUCAAGUAAUAGUCAAGCUUGACAGUUUAGUGUCACAUUUGGAGCAAUGUGAAUAUAAUCCCAAAAGACCAAUGCUUUGUGAACAAGGAUGUAGUCUUAUUAUUCCCAAAAAUGAGUUGAAAGAUCAUAAUUGUGUAAGGGAACUCAGAAAUAUUAUACAUUCGCAACAACAGAAACUUGCUGAUAUGAAACGUGAAUUAGGUGAACAACAACUUCAAAUAAAUGAACACAAAAGGGAAAUACAUCUUCUAAAAGACUUUAUGAGAGCAUUAAGAGUUUCAAAUCCUGCUAUGCGUGCUAUAGCUGAUCAAAUGGAAAGAGACGAAGUUGUAAGAUGGUCUGCUACCCUUCCUAGAGCAAGAGUAACAAGGUGGGGAGGAAUGAUCUCCACCCCUGAUGAAUUGUUACAGACAAUGAUAAAGAGAACUUUAUCGGAAUAUAAUUGUCCACCUCAUGUAAUUGAUGAAUUAAUGGAAAAUUGUCAUGAAAGGAAAUGGCCUCCAGGCUUGAAAUCCCUUGAAACCAGACAGAGUUCUAGAAGACAAUAUGACAAUUAUGUUUGUAAAAGAAUCCCUGGUAAACAAGCAGUGUUAGUUCUUCAUUGUGAUAAUACACACAUGCCAGAGGACAUGAUGGUUGAACCUGGACUAGUGAUGAUUUUUGCACAUGGCAUAGAAUAAAAUUUUAUACCGAUAUACUGUGCAUGCCAAGAUAUUUUGAUGUCCAUCUAUUCUGUUGUUUGUUAUAUUCACCGUGACUAACCUUCAAGGUGCAUGGAAUAUUUUUAUACUUAUGUGGAGAUACUGGGAUAUUCGCAUAAUUUAUCUUGCAAUUAGUGCAGAAUAUCUUUCCAAAAGUAUUGAAAGGAACAAACGACAUGCCUUUUGUGAUAAACAAUUGUACAGACGCAAUUGCCACAUACAAAAAUC